UCCAGAUUUACUGCAGUGACUUUGACUCAAGCAGCGCAUGCGCCUUGAAAUUAACACGGUUCAAAAACUGAGAAAAUAUAAAAACUUCUGUUGAGCGUCGGUGAAUCCGGCCUUUUAACCCGCCGCUUCACCGAGCUCUGCGCCUUGUUGUAAAGAAGCGAGUCGCUUCCAUUAAAGAAUGCGGAUGUUGAAGUGACUGGACUUUUGUAGCGGUGUGAAGUUGCUGCAGUCCCAGAACGGGAGCGCCCCGCUAGAGGGGCCGAGUGUCCGCGGACGGAGCCCGGUCGCGGUGCACGGGAGGUGAGGACGAUUCUUUCCGGAGGAGGAGAGAAGCGUUGACGCAGCUCCCCUCCCUCUCCGUCCCCGGCUCGCCGUCGGUGUCGGAGGGAGCUCGGUCCCGGCUGCAGUCCGUCACCGCCAGGCCCGGCGCCUCCGCACGGCGCCCGCAGAGGAACCGCACACUUUGCGGCGGCAGCCAAACCCAAGGGCAGACAUGCCGGGCCGUGCGCUGCUGCUCGUGUUGCUGCUGGCGGGACCCGGUGUCGCUGCACCGCUCUGGGAUGAUGAGCAAGAUGAAGAGAGCGCCCUAACGGUGACCACCGGAACCAGGGUCCCCUUGCAGGGGGUGUUGGGGGGAUCGGUGACCAUCCCCUGCUUCGCCAGCUACGCCAAGCGGCCCCUCGCCCCCGCCGCGCCCCGGGUGAAGUGGAGCCUGGUCCGGGACGGCAGCGAGUGGGACAUCCUGGUGGCCACGGUGCAGAAGGUGAAGGUCAGCGAGAACUACCGCCGGCGGGUGGAGCUGCCCAACUACCUGGCGACGGCCACCGACGUCUCCCUGUCCAUCCACCGGCUGCUCCGCAACGACACGGGCAUCUACCGCUGCGGGGUGCAGCACGGCAUCGACGACGCCCAGGACCUGGCUCGGCUGGAGGUCAAGGGGGUGGUGUUCCACUACCGGGAGGCAUCGGCCCGGUACGCGUUCAACUUCAGCCGGGCGCAGCAGACGUGCCGGGACGUCAGUGCGCACAUCGCCACCCCCGAGCAGCUGGAGGCGGCCUACGCCAGCGGCUACGAGCGGUGUGACGCCGGCUGGUUGUCUGAUCAAACUGUGCGGUAUCCCAUUCACACCCCGCGGGCCGGUUGCUACGGGGAUAUGGACAAAUUCCCCGGUGUCCGCAACUAUGGUACCCAAGACCCCGAGGACACGUAUGAUGUGUACUGCUACGUCGAGGAGUCAGAAGGGGUCAUCUUCAUCAGUGACAUGGACAACCUCACCUUCCACGGGGCGGAGCAGUUCUGCCAGGAGAGGGCGAUGCGGCUGGCGACCGUGGGCGAGCUCUACGUGGCCUGGACCACAGGCCUGGACCACUGUACGCCGGGCUGGCUGGCGGACGGCAGUGUCCGCUACCCUAUCGUCACCCCCCGGAACCGCUGUGGGGGCCGCCUGCCCGGCGUCAAGACCCUCUACGCCUUCCGCAACCAAACAGGCGCCAUUGACCCAGGAUCGCUGCACGGAGCUUACUGCUUUAUAGAGAUGGAAGAUCUGAAUGUCAACGACAGCUUUGCAAUGGAUGUGGAGUACGAGGACCACGGCUUCCUGGAGACAACGAUGGAGGAGCUGGAAUACGAGGUCGGGACAGGAGGAGAGGUCAUGGCACCCGACGGGAUCACUCCGGCUACCAGGGCGCCACCAACCUCGGUGUCCCUGGCUAUUCAGAGCAGGCCGCCUGACUUGGUUCUUGCCGUGCCCGAGAUGGAUGGCGACCUGACCCACGAAUCUAUCACCUCGGCGACGCCCCAGGACCUGCAAGGGGUCACCCACGGACCAAGGCGCGACCAUCCCGAUGGAAACCAGCCAACGCACAGCACGCACGGUGGCGACCACCCUCAGACGGAGGACCCCCUCGCUUGGGACGGGCAGCAGGAGGAGGUCGAGCGGGAGGUUGUCAUCGAGUCACAGUUCCAGGCACCGGUGGGGCGCGACCCGCCAGCGGAACACGACAGCACGGAGAUCCCGAGACAUGACGGCUCCGCGCCCAGGGAAGGGCAGGGAACGGAUGGGGGGCAGGACGUCUUGGCAUCAACUGGCUUUUUCGUGGAGGUCUCCGCCGCCCCCGGCCCGGCUGCGGAAGAGGACGGAGGCCCAGGGUGGACGGAGGCAGACGAAGGUGCCCCGGCGAGGGGUGAAGGUCUCGGCCGGCGGAGCUGGGCGGCGGGAACGAGGCCCGAGCGGGCGAAGAGCAGCCCGCAGCCGCCUGCCGGCCCGCACACCGAGCAGGCCUCUGCGCCCACCUCCCGGCUCACCAGGAUGAGGAGCCAGCGCCCUCAUAGCAGCCACCCCGAGACCCUGCGGCCAGUCGCCCUGGGAUGUCCCGGAACCCCGGCCGACUGCGCUGGAGAAGGGAGCGGCGACUCCGCCUGGCCGCCGGCCACAGGGAGCCCGGCUUCGGGCUGGGGCUGGCCCGGGCUCACUCUGGCCGGCGACGGGGUGUCUUCCUCCGGGGCCCGAGACCCUCCCCGGACGCAGGCACUCGGAAACGCCGGCGCUCCGCCCGGACACCCGGGAGCGGCGGGGCCGACUGGAAGCCGCCGGGACCAGGCCACUGCAGCGGGCGCAGGGUUGGCGGAGGGGCCCGUUCCCACCGCGCGGGCAUCUUCGCCCGCCUCCGGUCGCCAGGAGCCCGGGGUGCCGCCGGGAGCCCUCUCCACUGCCGCCUCUCCCGGGCCCGGGCCCAGACCGUGGCCCGAGUGCUUGCCCCCAGGCCAGCAUCCCCCUACGCCCACCGCCUGGACCGCCGAGUCGGAGGGCAGCUCGUCCAGCCCGCCUGCCGAGAUCCACGGGGCCUCCGGACACACGGCACCAACCCAGCGGGACGCCCACGGCCGGGCGGCGGAGCUGACAGGCUCCUGCUACCCAAACCCUUGUAAGAACGGAGGGACAUGCGAGGAGAAGGAGGGGGGCUACACCUGCCUGUGCCUUCCGUCCUACGGAGGCAGCCUGUGCCACAGAGAUGUCCAGGCCUGUGACCCGGGAUGGCUGAAGUUCAUGGGCAACUGCUACAGGCACCAGAAGGGGCGGCGGACGUGGGAGGCAGCGGAGGAGAGCUGCCGGCAGGACGGUGGUCACCUGGUCAGCAUCCUGAGUCCUGAGGAGCAGCAGUUCAUCAACGAUAACUUCAAGGAAUACCACUGGAUCGGACUAAAUGACAAGACAAUCGAGAACGAUUUCCAGUGGUCGGACGGGAACCAGCUGCUCUACGAGAACUGGUACAGCGGGCAGCCGGACAGUUUCUUCUUGUCCGGGGAGAACUGUGUGGUGAUGAUUUGGCACAAGGGCGGUCAGUGGAGUGACGUCCCGUGUAACUACUUCCUCGCCUUCACCUGCAAGAAGGGGCUCACGGACAAGGGUUCUCGGCAAGACCAGGCCGCGUUACCCGGUGGACUCGGUGGUGAGGUACGAGUGCAAAAAGGGCUUCGUCCAGCAGCAACGGCCCACUGUGCGAUGCCGGGGCGACGGCAGCUGGGAGAGACCGCGGAUCGUCUGCAUCCCGGCCUCCAGGUACCUUCGCGACUGGCGGGCAGAGAACAGCAGCUCUUCCGAGGUUCCUGGGCGCGGAGCCGGCUCCCACUGACCCACUCCGACAGGGCCACCGACCCCUCUCUUACUAACCCAUUCGGAACGGCCGCAGCCCGAGUUUUUCAUCUCCUUCCCAGCGUCGGAGAGUAACACGGGAGGAAGAGCUUCCGCUCCGAGGUGUAGACAUUCACCGCGACCCCGGAGCGAGCGUCCGUGCCAACAGCCCAAAUCCCCGGCCCUAAUCCGCCGUCUUCUCCCGGCCCGCACCCCGGCCGCACCGGCUGUCCCGUUUCUCUGGGAAUGCGGGAUGGCGGAGAUCUCAUCAAAGCCUCCGUGCUAUACUACGGCUGGGAUGGAGUGAUUCAUCUUUCCUCAGACUCCCCACCUCCACCGCCGCUCCCUAUCCCGGGAUCCCUGCAAUAUUCCCAGCUUCCCACACCCGCUCCCAGUCCCCUAUUGCCAGCGCGUCCCGACUCCCACCGCACCCACGGACUUCACGUCCUCCUCACACUUCCCUAACACCCUCCUUCUCCGGGUACAUUCAAAUGGCCAGAGGAAACUUUCCCGAGAGGAUUCAUCUGAAGCAAAAGUAAUCAGUGUUCUGGGAGUGUGUGAUGGGCCGGCGUAGAGGGAUCUUCACUCUGCGUCUGACCCCGGGGGUGUGUGAUGGGACGGUGCGGAGGGAGCUUCACCCUGUGUCUGACCCCGGGGGCGUGUGAUGGGAUGGUGCGGAGGGAGCUUCACCCUGUGUCUGACCCGUGAGCUGGGAGUAGGGGGAGCUUUUCUCCGUCCCGAACCCUGGGUGUGUGACAGGAGGUCCUAUUUCCAGCUGAACACGUUGAAGACUUCCUCUUCUCCUGCCGACGUUCACGAGGUGCUCCGUUGUGUUCAUCUAUCCGAUUACGCAUUCCUUCACCCCUCCUUGUGAUUGCCGUGGGCGGACCUUCUGUGCAGGACCCGGUGCUGCGAUGGGCCGCACUGCAUCCUCUGUUGAGCCCAGCAGCAACCACUAGCACCUCAGCAGCCAGGAGAGGGCUGAGCUGUGGACGCGGAGGAAUUUUCAGCCAACAACUUCAAUUGUAACAUUUUCCUUUCAACUUGUA